CAAUGAUACCUAACACUAAAAGAGAUUUAGUUGCCAUAGAAUAUUUAUAGUAAAAUGUCUAUCCUGGAUUAUAACCAGCAUUAAUGAAUGUAAUUAGGAUAAUUAAAUUAGUUAAUCGAUCAUGUUGUUAAAUCAGAUGAAGUUAGAAAACAUCAAGAAAGACUUAAGAAAAUAAAAAUAUUUGAUAAGAUUGAAUAAAAGAGAGUUGAAAAAGAGAGACUUAGAGCUGAACUUGGAUCUGAGUAUGAAUCAUCAGAAGGAUCAGUUGAUUUAGAUGAAAUGGGUAUUAAUUAAUCAGAGUUUCAUAAAUUUAUGGGCAAAGACCAAAAAGAAAUUCAAUCACCUUUGCCAAUGGAUGAAUAGGCUUAAUAAGGAGGUGCAGAAGAAUAGACAUCUUAAGAUCUAAAAAAAGACACUUUAUUAUCAUUAGGAGAAAUCAGAGAAGAUCAAGAAGAUGAAGAUCAAGCAGAUAAACAUGAAUUAGAAAAAAUGAAAUAAUUCCUUAGAUAAUAACGAGAAGAAAUGUCAUUCAAUCCACUGCUUUUUCUAGCCUAAUAGAUUCGAGAUAUAAUUGCUGCAAAUAAUUGAGU